UGUUUGCAAUAGUUUAAUUCUAAUAAUAAUAAUAGUAAGAAGAAGAUUUCUAAUUAUGAAGCUUUGGCAGUGUUUGAGAAUGUCUAGACUUCACAUGUGCACAUUGCGGUUCGUUCCGAUGGAGCUUUGGGGCUUCAGCUACAUCUUAGUCUAUUGACGCUUCAAGUAUCCCACACUCUGAAAGCCCCACCUCUUGAAACAGUCUACCACUAGGAGUUAAUCUCUAAUUGGGCGAACAGCGUGGACAAGAGCAGGAAAAAUGAGGGAGAUAAAUGCUAGAGAAAGAUAAUAAAAACAUUUUACUGCCAAGUCCUCUUUACGUUUAAUCCUUCAGGCUCACUUUUUCUUCCCACAGUCAAUUUAUUUCCUGCUUUGUUUCAAGAAUUCAUCCCACAAGACUUUCAGGAGAGAGGAGAGCAGACAAAUAGAGAGGUGAAAGAGGAUAGAGACCGAAGGAGGGAGAAUAAAAUUCAGCCUGCUGCUAAGCUCAAACCCCCCCCAGAGUUUAAGGAUCACUAGCAUUGAGCAAGAUCUGCUCCACAAAUCCAGCAUAAUCCCUCUGCCACACUGUGACCAGUUCCUCUUUGACAGAGGAGAGUGUGUGUGUGUUGGAGGGAGUGUGUUUGUGUGAAGCCGAGUGGAGUUCAUGUAUGUCAUGUGCUCGAGGUAAAUCUGCCUUGAUUAGGCCUCUUUUAUGUAGUUUCUUUUUCUUUUUUCUGGACUGUUUCUUUCUAAAUCACUGGGGAAUUACAGGGCUGGAGCAGGUGUUUAUAUUUGUUAUUUCAGAUCCUCUCACAUCUGAAACACACAUCCAUGUCCUGGCCUUAGGCCUUGUUGUUACGGAGACUUUGUGGUUGACAGCGACUGAAUUUGAUGUUGUUCAUUGGAACGUUGACAGCAAAUACCACAUGGUUAAAUUGGACCUAUUGGUGGGCUGAGCUUCAGUGCUCAUAGCCUGAAACGGUCUGAAACUGAGGAUUGAUGACUUGUAAAUAUGCUGACUUCAUUACAGGAAAGUUCCGUGUUUAACAUGGGCAUCCACUGAAACUGUAUAGUUACAUAGUCUAGAUAUGUGACAGAAUAAAGGAAAAAAUGCACAAUAAGCUCCUUUAACGUGGAUUGUGGAGACAAGUUCAAGAGAUUUAUGAGAAAAGCCUUCCAUUUUUUCUGCCUUCCUCCAUUUCUCUAAUAAUUGGUGUGCAGUCCCACAGGAGGCAGGGGAAUAGUACUGAUGGUGUUUAAUACAUUAUCUGAUCAAUCACUCAGAAAAAUAAGCAGCACUUAACACCAUCUAUUUGUAAAUCACCGCCGCCAGCAUUUCAGCUCCUGUGCAGUAUGUUGGAUGUGCGUAGGUGUGAUGGUGAGAGGAGCAAGGUGGAGCUAGCUCCCGUCUGACCUCACUCUGACCCCAGGAAGGAUGUAGCUGAUGUCAGGAAGGAAGGGUUUAACAUCUUCUUACAAGGACAGUAGGAUCUCUCAGAGGGGGGUCUUUUGGCCCCACUUCAUACCCCUGUUUGACCCAGACUCACUCUUUCUGACCCCUGUGUGUGCAAAGACACACACUUACACACUUACACAGCUCCAUCUUUCAUUCUUGUCUUUGUCAGCCUAUUUGGGUCUUUCAGUGCUACCGUUUUGACAGGACAAAGAAGCCUUUCCUCCGUUGUUUAUCAUCUCCAUCUUCCUCUCAGUGGUUCCUCCUCUUUAAUCUCCUCCCAGGUUGCCUGUGAGGGCUUCCCUUUCUCUUAUCCACCUCUAGAUAUUUAUUACCUCUUAAGCCCCGGUCAGGCAAAAGCCCUCAGUGGCAGCUUGUAAACUGCAUCUGUCUCCCUAAUCUGACCAGUUGAUUAGCUAAAGCUAUCAGGUCGUCCCCUGCUCUCUCCUGCAGGUGACACAGGGGAUUGAUGGGCUUUUAAGUAACUCUCAGUCUGUUGUUUCUCUCUUUCCUCAUUUUUCUCUCCAGUCUGUAACUGUAACUAAACUCUCCGACCUCCUGACAGGCACCUGAUGGAUCAUUUCAGUCGUCCCUGAGGCACACUGUAACUGUGUAAAUGCGUCACUUUUAAGCACAACACUUUUCUUGUCUUGUACUGUGCAUAACAUUAGAAAAAAAUAAUCAUCACACAUGUUAUUAGUCUUCCACUUAGUUCUAGUAUUGUGCUGAAGUGCCCUGAAAGUUGACAUUAAGUUAUCAUGAGGUAGUAACAAAGUGCCAUCAUUAGCUGAAAUUCAGAACUAAUUGUCAAAGUAGCAUGUUGAUUUGCUACAUUAAGGUAAAUAUGCUAAAAAAUAUGCUAAUAUCACACCCACGUUUCAUCAGAGUGCUUACUGAAAUUAGCAUUCAGGUCAAAGCACCACCUGCUCUGUGAUCACACACACCCACCUUUAUUCUCUCUCAUUUAGCUCUGUAUUUCUCAUGCCUGUCCUUAAAUCGCUGCCUCCUUUAAUUCCUUUGUGCUGCUCAAUGGUGAUAAAGUCCAGACCUCCAUUAGUGAAUCAUGCUGAAGACUGGUUGUUUAUUAAGUGUGACUCAAUUUGGAGCAGCUGAACUGGCGCUGUGGCAGUAACACCACCUGGUCUAUGUGCGUCUGUGUUGUGAAAUUAAAAAAGGGGGGGGGGUAAAAAAAGCUGGCAAGCUGGAGCACAAGCAAGUAGCAAAAAGAUGCACCGAAGCUGCAGCGAUAUCAGAUCUGCCUGAAAAACAGGAAUAGUUGUCAAAAUGUUGUGACAGCCUGUUUCCUGCAGCCUCUCGCUCUUUUGAUCUGGUGGUUCUCUGCAAACACUGGUUGCGGCUUUUUCGGUACCUCCCAUUGUGGCACAGCUUAACCUGGCAGCUGAACUUUCCAUCAAAUCAGUUUAGCUUUAUUGUUUGGAUCUUCUGCACCGCUGAGAGUAAAGAAAACAGACAUCAAUCACUCUGUUUGUCAGCGGGUUAUUGGCAAAGUGAGCACGAGUGCUCGAACACAUGGGGAGACAGCUGCUAGCAUGACAUUUCCUCCAAGGGAAUGUCCCUAACCUUGUCUUUUUUCCCUUCCUCGUGUCUGUGUGUGCAUUCAUAUCCUUACAUAUUUUACAUAUUGAAGGAGUGACUCAGCUAAAAAGGCUCCUGCAGAAUUUAUGAGGCUGCUGUGCUUUGCUCCCCUUUAUGCUCGUCAUAAGCAUUUUCCACAUCUAUUUUUACUCCUUUAGCGUAUCAAUUCUUUGGAAGGCACGAGUCCAGAAGAAGGGGAAAUGAGUCAAAGCAUGUGUGCCCUCCUCCUCCAGUGUUCAUUAUUGAUGACAGUGAGGUCAGUAAAUAAGGCGGAGAUGCAAGCUGGAGUGUUGGGUUAUUUUAGAGCUGUAAAAAAAAUGAACUGAAGAGCGUUUUUCAUUUAAUCCCCGUGGCUGCAGUGAUGGACAAGCACUUAAGCAGGCUGCUGGUUCUGCCAGAAUCACAUCUACUUGCAGGAGGAAGGUAAUAGGGAGCAGGGUGUCAAAAUGCAUUACGGCGAGCAGACAGAUGGGCUCUGAGAUCCGCCUCGGAUUUGUGACCCAGCCGGGUAUUGACCAGAUAACAAAAUAGGGACAGAAAGAAAAAGUCAGAUAGAAGCUGGAGCAGACUGACAGAAAUGAAAUGAUUUAAGCAGAUAGCUGACAGGUGUGAAUACCACACUGGUGCAGCAAUCUUGUUUUGUGGUGAUGGAUUUGCUGUUAAAUGAAGAUUGACAUCUUACUGAUACUGAGUCUCUGGGCAGAAGGCAUGUGACCUGAGCCCCAGACAGAGCUGAGCAAAUUUAGCUAAAUCGGCUCUCUGUGUGAUCGCGCUGUCGGCACAUAAGCAUCACGCCAUCAACACAUAUUCCUCCAUAUGAAAACAAACUUGUCUGACCUUUUCCGAUUCUGGUUGUAGCUGUAAACAUGUUAGUGGGCGUUAACUCGGCCCAGAUGUUGGAACCAAGGCAGAAAGUGGCAUAUGUUGGGAUGGUAGCACAGGGCUGGGUGGAAACGGGGCCGUGACAGCCAGUCAUUGUGCUUCGGUAUUACACUGUCAUUGUGUCAGUGUUGGGAGCAGACCCACGACAGAUGCUCGACAGAUAAUAGAAGCGUUAUCUCUGGAUGUUCACUCAGUGACACACUGUUGCAUGUAAAUAUGAACAAGGAUUGCUUCAAAGAGAGAAUCUCAGAUGACAGUGCGUCAGCGGCCAGCAGUAUGGAGGUGACCGACCGCAUCGCCUCCCUGGAGCAGAGGGUCCAGAUGCAGGAGGAUGAGAUUCAGCUGCUCAAGUCCGCUCUAGCUGACGUGGUCCGCAGACUCAAUGUGUCUGAAGAGCAGCAGGCCAUGGGUGCACGCAGAGGACCCACCAAAGACCCCGCUAUGAUGAGAAAAUCUCCCUCAGCAGACAGCAAUGUUGGGAAGCCAGCCAGGCCAAUGAUCGCCACCCUGCCGUUACGGCCCACAGUAAACAACGGGACCGUCCUACCAAAGAAAGGCAGCGGGACUCUGCCAUCCCCAUCUGGAUCUGGAUCCAGGAAGGACACCAGCGCGCCAGCCAACAAGACUUUCUCCUCCCUGUCUCGUUCCUCCAGAAUUCUCUAUCUGCCCCUCAGCACUGUGAGGAGAGCCAAUUCUAAUGAACAAAUGGGGACACUCAAUCGGAAAGAUUCAGGUGACUCCAAGGGCAACCGAACCCGAGCCGGAUCCACCGGAAGCAACUCCAGCGGCAAAAGGAGUGACAGCAAACAGAGGGACCCAGUGUUCAAUGCAGGAAUGCGACGUGUGACCCACUGCAAAGAGGAGGGUUAUGUGAAAAUGUAUUUGAAAGGUCGCCCCGUCACCAUGUACAUGCCCAAAGACCAAGUGGACAGCUACUGCCUGGAGGCAAGAGCAGAGCUACCUAGCAACAAACUCAAGCUGGACUGGGUCUAUGGCUACCGUGGUCGAGACUGUCGCUCCAACCUUUACUUGCUCCCCACUGGAGAAACGGUGUAUUUCAUCGCCUCCGUGGUCGUCCUGUUUAACGUGGACGAGCGGUUGCAGAGACACUACACCGGACACACAGACGACAUCAAAUGCCUGGCUGUCCACCCUGAUAAAAUCACCAUAGCAACUGGGCAGGUGGCGGGCACCUCCUCAGACGGAAAACAGCUGGCUCCUCACGUUCGUGUGUGGGACUCCGUCAGCCUCAACACCCUCCAUGUUCUGGGCACCGGCUUCUUUGACAGAGCGCUCGUCUGCUUGGCUUUCUCCAAGUCGAACGGAGGAAACACACUUUGUGUCGUCGACGACUCCAACGACCACGUCCUCUCUGUGUGGGACUGGCAGAAAGAGGACAGGCUGGCUGAAGUUAAGUGCUCCAACGAAUCGGUGUUUGCUGCGGACUUUCACCCCACAGACAGCAACAUCGUGGUGACGUGUGGCAAGUCCCAUCUAUAUUUCUGGAACCUGGAGAAAGGCAUGCUGGUCAAGAAGCAGGGACUGUUUGAGAAACAAGAGAAGCCCAAGUUUGUGUUGUGCGUGACCUUCGCGGAAAAUGGAGACGCUAUAACCGGAGACUCGAGUGGGAACAUCCUGGUGUGGGGAAAAGGCACUAAUCGCAUCAGCCACGUCAUCCAAGGAGCUCACGAAGGCAGCAUCUUUGCUCUGUGCAUGCUGAGGAACGGCACUCUGGUGUCUGGGGGGAAAGACCGCAGGCUCAUUUCCUGGGACAGCAGCUACCAGCAGACACAAACGGUGGAGGUGCCUGAGUUGUUUGGUCCCAUCCGGACUAUAGCAGAGGGCAGAGGGGAGAGUGUGCUCAUCGGGACCACAAAGAACUUUGUUUUGAAAGGCAGUUUGGAUGGAGAGUUCAUGCCCAUUACACAGGGUCACACUGAUGAGUUGUGGGGUUUAGCCAUCCAUCCCUGGAAACCUCAGUUCCUGACCUGUGGGUAUGACAGGCAGGUCUGUCUGUGGGACUCAAGCUCCCAUCAGCUGAUCUGGUCCAAGAGCCUGGAAGAUGCUGCACAGUCAGCAGGUUUCCAUCCUUCUGGAGCUGUGGUUGCUGUAGGAACCCAGACGGGCAGGUGGCUGGUACUGGACACAGACUCUAAGGAUUUAGUCACAAUGCACACAGAUGGGAAUGAGCAGCUGUCGGUUAUGCGCUAUGGGCCAGAUGGUAACUUCCUGGCCAUCGGAUCCCACGACAACUACAUCUAUAUCUACGCUGUGGCAGAAAAUGGGAGGAAGUACAGUCGAGUGGGGAAGUGCUCGGGUCACUCCAGUUUCAUCACUCAUCUGGACUGGUCUGUGGACUCUCAGUACCUGGUAUCAAAUUCAGGCGACUAUGAGAUACUGUACUGGAUCCCAUCAGUGUGUAAACAGGUGGUCAGCGUGGAGACAACCAGAGAUAUUGAGUGGGCCACCCACACCUGCACUCUGGGCUUCCAGGUCUUUGGCCUGUGGCCCGACGGCUCAGACGGCACCGACAUCAACGCCGUGUGCAGAUCCAACGAUAAGAGCCUCCUGGUUACCGGAGACGACUUUGGGAAGGUCCACCUCUUCUCAUACCCCUGCUCACAGUUCAGGGCUCCCAGCCAUGUUUACGGUGGCCACAGCAGUCACGUGACCAAUGUAACCUUCCUGUAUGAUGACAGCUGCCUGGUGUCGACAGGUGGGAAGGACAUGAGCGUGAUGCAGUGGAGGAUAGUCUGAGCGAGCACAGAAAUGGAUACUGUCCAGCUUCUCGCUGCUGCUGCUGCGGCUGAAGCAAAGUGAACCAAACUGCACUAAACUGAACCAAACCAAACUGAAACGAACUCAGACGCUAACACAGAUGUGGAUCUGAAUGAACUGAAGUGGUUUUGAUUGAAGAGAAACUUUUUGACCUGAGGUUUCCUUUCCCCGAUCCACACACAGAUCUUAACUGCGACAAACUGUCGGGGGUCUGACAUGCGCCUGCUUGAAAGACAAAAAUCCUCUUAUUUCCCCCUUUCUCUGUCUCCGCACUACAUGUAAAAAGAAAUCUCCCCCUCGCGUACUGUAGCCUUGCACCCAGCGACAUUAAACAAAACAAAUCAAACGGAUCAAUGCGAAAACCAAAGGCCCUGUCUGACCCGAUGGGUGCGUUUUUACAGUUUGGCUUCACUGUCCUUGUGUAGUACACACUCCUGCCACCAGAUAAUGGACUGAAGAGGUUUGUUUUGCUGCCUUUCAGAGCCCCUCCAGACUGAACUGGAGAUCCGAGAACACUGCAACAAAAACUGUGCACAGAAAAAAAUACAGUGUGAUUUUUUUCUAAUUGUCAAACUUUUAUUUUGUAUUUAACAACUCAGGAAAGCACUAGUGAAGCAAGGCCCUUCCCCGUUUUGUUAACACUGUCACAUCAGAAAGAGUCUCUGAAAAAACAUCUCACUAAAAUAUCCAAACGUCUCAUUAACGGUUAAUAUUAGAUCCAACUUUUGUUCAGCCAUUAUUGCUUUGUUGGUUUUGUGGGACUGAGGAGGAUACUGUGAGUGAGGAGGUUGUUACCCACUAUUUAAAACCAGAAGGAUCUAAUAAGAAAUUUAUUUGAACAUAUUCAAAUUGUUUGUGCUUCCAUCUCUUUACACAGGACCCCUUUCCUAUUAUUUAUUGAUUGUGCGUAAAAUCCUUCACUGCCAGCUUGAUUUCCUUUGACCCUUUUUCCUGCAAUAAAUCUCUGUUUAGAUCGGUAGAUGUACUAAAAAGUUUGAAACUGAGGACGCUGUGGGUGAAAUAUACACUAUUUUGGUUUGCUAGGUUUCUCUGACUUUUGCCUGGAGUGCAAGGAGAAUCAAAAUGAAGCGUAUGCUGAGGUUUUCAGUGAUGUGAAGCCCUUUCAAAUCUGUGUCUUUCCACUUUUUAUUGUACCUACAUCAGUUUAUGAAGGGGAAGAAUGAGACCAUUACACUGUAACUGUCUGAUGUGCUUCUCAGCUGUGCGCCAUCAGUCACUGGCAAGAUAUUUAACAGAACUGUUGAGAUGUUUUUUGGGGGUUUUUUCUAUAAUGCACUGCUUCUGCCUGAUUUUAAAAAAGAAAUACAGCAGGUCUAUUAAGCUAAUUAACAUUUAGCACUUACUGGAGCUUUUCAUAAACCAAUGUCUGCUCUCAGGCUUUAAAGCUGUCUGCCAUCCGAUCAGCGGUACGAUGUGUAGCAUGUCACACUCCUUAUGGUUAACAGAAAAGCCAAAUGAGCACACGUGCAUGAGUAAAUGGGACUUUUUUUUUACGUGAUAAUUGGUUGGGGUUUAGCUGAUUUUAGUGUGAACAUAGCUGCUGCUGUUAUGAGGCACACUGAGGUGGUUUAAAAAUCCUGAAGGCUGGCUGAUUGUUUUAUCGGUUUAUGUCCUUUUAUCAGGAAAAUUUCAGAUCUUUUAACAACAGUGAUUUAAAGCUGCCACUCUACAGAGUGAAUGUAACAUUUAUUUGUCUUACCACUUUAACACUUGGGGCUGCAAAAUACCAUUGAACAUUAAAAUCUCUCUGGAAGUAAAUGAUGAAAUACAAA